ACCAUAAAGUUUCAAAAACAAGCAGAUAAGCUAGUUAUAGGACAGGUGAGGAGGUGGUCAACAAAAGAGCUUCAAUGCCUGGGCAAAGGGGAAGAGCUUGCUGCAUGAGCAUUGCAUGUUUCUGGAUUUUAGCUUUAUUUGUCCUGUUACUUGUGGCCGAUGUCAGAUCUUCAGCAGAUUCUCAGCUAUAUGAACCUUGUGGACCCCAAGGACCUCCAGGACCCAGGGGUCCUCCAGGGCUACUUGGUUUAGCAGGACCCCCAGGUGUAACAGGACCAAGAGGUAUACCUGGGGUGCCUGGAGCAGUUGAGAAAUGCCCAUGUCUACCUCAAUCUGCCUUUUCCGUCAAGCUGAGUGGGCCUCUCCCAGGACCCUCCCAGCCCAUUGUCUUCCAGGAAGUUCUGUACAACCAUCAGGGCCACUUAGACCUGGCCACUGGAGUGUUCACCUGCAGUGUCCCUGGUGUGUACCACUUCGGCUUUGACAUUGUGUUGUUUCAGAAUGCUGUCAAGGUGAGUCUCAUGUGGAAUGGCAUCCAGAUCUGGGACAAAUGAGCAGAGGCCAAGGACAGCCAUGAGCAAGCUUCAGGAAGUUCCAUCUUGCAGCUGGAGAAAGGGGACAGGGUCUGGCUGGAGUCUAAGCUGGAUAAAGAAGAAUCUGAAAAAGGAACUACUCACACUGUGUUUUAUGGGCUUCUGCUCAGUGGAAAUUAGGACAGCUAGGGGUAACUGCAUGAUUCUGUCCCUCAUGUAACACUGAAUUUAAGAAAAGAAGCCUUCUACUCCUCUCAUUCCACAUAGUUCUUCUAGGAUGAAGAGCUCACAAAAUCAGUAAUGACCAAGUUGAACAAAAUGAAUGUAUUACCAAUCGCUGAAACCAAUGAAGACUCAUGGUUCAUCAAUUUGUCAAUAAUUUCUUAUUUGUGAUUCCCAAAAUUCAAGAUCCUAGGUGGCAAAAAUGUGGGGAGGGGCAUCCCUGGCAGUCCAGUGGUUAAGACUUCACCUUCCAAUGCAGGGGGUGCGGGUUCGAUCCCUGGUCGGGGAGCUAAGUUCCCACAUGCCUCCUGGCCAAAACGAAAACAUAAAACAGAAGCAAUAUUGGGACAAAGUCAAUAAAGACUUUAAAAAAAUGGUCCACAUCCAAUAAAAAAUCUUUUAAAAAAUGUGGGGAAAAAAAGUGAGGUAGGAAGCUGCCCAGCCGUGUUGUUGUUAAAUAUACCAGGAAAACCCCCAUUCAGCUCCUUUUUGAAGCCUGCCCCGCCCCCUCACCCCCAGAGGACAAAAACCUUGCUCAAACUCUCAAAUCUAUUCUGAGAAUUAAGGAUAUAAAUAUAGAAGUAAAUAUCUCUGGCAGAGAUGUCAAGUUUGCUUAAAAGACCAAAUGAAGACGCUCCUCAUCAGAUGGGUCUCCGAAAGCAUAACUGGAUGGGUGAUAGAGGUGAGGGAAUUUCUGUGGCUUCAGAGUUUUCAGAUUAAUUAUUAAUUUACUUCAGGCUGCUACUUACCCAAUAUCCCUUCUUCUACCAAUUUCUAUUCUAGCUAAAUUCGUUUGCAUUGCCUCAACGAACCCGGUUAAAAAAUGUAAUUUGACCCCCUUCUAUUACAUUCAGGGUGGCCAUAAGAAACACCAUCCUUUCUGGUGAGAUGUAAGCGCAUGGUACUUGCAGGAGUCGUAUUUAAAAGGGAAAAGACUCAACUGGCUUAUGUCUUUGGCCCUUGGUCUCUGCCCUUUGCUUUCUCCAUUUCUGCUCUGAAGAGUGAAGAUGCACGUCUUACAGCUGCAACAGCCAUCCUGCAGGCAUCAAAUCAAAGCCCCAUAUUCCGUGGUGGAGCAGGAGGAUAAAAGUAACCACAUUUUUUGUACACUGACGUGAGAAUCUAAGCCAACUUCAUACUACUGAUGACCAGACUUUUAAAAAAAUAUUGGUGGGUUUUGUUUCUUUAUUAUUGAAUUAUAACUUAAAUAUAGUAAAAUGCAGAAAUCUGAAGUACACAGCUUGAUUAAUUUUAUAUGCAUACAAACAUGGACCCACCAUCCAGAUUGAUGCAUAGAACAUUUCUAUCAUCCCAGAAGACUCCUUUGUGCCCUUCCGGUCCACAACCACAUCUGCAGCAUUGAAUCUAUUAUUCUGACUUUCAGCAUCAUUUAUCAGUUAUCUUUGCCUAUUCCUGUACUUUAUAUGAGUGAUAUAAUCCAAUAUAAAAUCUUUUGUGUCUAGUCUUUUUUCACUCAUCAUAAUGCCUGUGAAAUCCAUCCACACUGUGGUAACAGUAGUGAACUAUUUCAUUGAAUGGAAAUGGACAGUAUUCCAUUGUGAAUAUGCCACCAUUUAUUUAUUUACUCUUCUGCUGAUGGAUAGUAGAGUGAC